AUGUUUGGUCUCACCGGGCCUCGCUGCUGUAAACGGCCCCUGUCACGCGCUAAUGGAGGGCCCGAUAGUGUCGCACUCACAAGGGCCCGGAGCACGUCUCGUAUCCAGGUCAAAGGCACGAGCAAGAAUAAUGUGGAGCCAAGUGGAGCACAGCUGUGGAGACGGAGGCAGAGCCAGGCCAGCUGUCGGGUGGUGAGGAUGGGAGACGAGUGGGGCGCUUCCUGA